GUCGUGUUCGAGUCGUUAAACGUUAACUUUCUAUAAAGAAUUAAAAUUUUAACUUAUUAUAUACGUUAAAAGAAAUAACGUUCCUUUCGUACUGUAUAAAUUCUUCGAUAUAUGAGUGAGUUUGAAUUUACGUGUUAGUCGGUAUCAGCGAAGUAAGCAGAGAGUAACAAAAGUAAUGGCGUCUCAACGUUGUACAGCAUCCGAUCUUUAGAAUUUCAAAACGUAAGAAUAAAGAAUUUAGUUAUUGAAAACUUCUAAAUAAUAAGCGUGUUCGAUGGUCCAGUAUUAAAUGGAAUUAUAACCAAUAUUGUCAUAAAUCGUCCAUACAACAGGUAAAAUGGAAUCUCAAAAUAGAACUUUACAAAAUACAUCUAAAACACAGCAAGUAACUGUAAUUAGCAAGUUACAUAAUAUGCAGUGGCUAAAAAAUAAUACACUUUUACCAGGCCAUGUAAAAUCAAGAACACUUAAGAAAAGCAUAAACAAUUUAAGAGAAGAUCUUGAGACGGUUAAGUUCGUUCGUACUUCUAUAAAUAAUAAUUUAGAACUAGCAAACACGACCAAUAUUGUUUUAACAAAACAUGACAAUAAAUAUGAUUCUGACAUUGAAAGUGACAUAACUGAAAGAUCAGUUGUAUCAAAAAAUAUAAUAUCUACUUUACAAUUAAAAAAGAAAAUAAAUUCUUCAUAUUUAAAUAAACAAACAUUAGUUCUAAAAGAAUUAAAGAAAGAAGAAAUAAUGAAUAUGGCUACAAAUGAUAGUUUAAUCACAGAACAAUUGGAAAUACAGCUUAGGUUAGAAGAACAAGAAAAGGACAAGUGCAAUGCAUUAUGUAUUGCAUCAGAGGAUACAAAACAAAACACUCCUGAGUGUAAUCUUCUUGUUUCAUUGGAAGUACAAGACAAAAUAAAUAAAAUAAAUCAAACAAAUGUUCACGAUAAGAAUAAUAAUGAUAAAUUGAAUACUAUAAAACAAUCUAACUCAAAAUCUGAUAUAGAGACGACGACAUUAUUAAUAAAAGAUGACGAUCAAGAAGUAAGAAGUAAUAACAUUAGUUUAAGUCAAGAAAAACAUUCUUCAAUUAAUUCAAAAAAUCUAGAUAAGACAUAUAUUACUAAAAAGGAUACACGUGCCACUAAUUUAUCAAAGACUUCUAAUGUUGCCUGCAAAUCUCAGAAAACACAUGAACAUCAGAUUGAGCAACCCCUUAAAGAAAAAGAAACACAAAAGAUAGUACCAAAUAAGAGUGCUUUUAUAAAUGUUCCUAAUAAAUCUAAAAACGAAAUUUCAAAACAAAACAUUGACAUUAAAUUCAAAAAUGGUAUAAAGAAUUCACUUAAAAAUGAGCCAGUAGUAAUAAGUAAAAAGUUUCAAGAUAAAAAAGAUUAUCAACCAAAUCAAUCUAUUUUAAAUACCUCCAAAGAAUUGAAAAGUAAAUGUAAUUUACAGUCAAAGAAAGAAUCUAAUAUAAAACCUUCUUCAGAAUCUAUAUCAAGAUAUACUAAUAAAAAUGUUAAAGAAAGUGAAGAAAAAACUACUCCUUCAAAUAGUAUCAAUAAACAAACUAAACUUAAUCGUGCAUGCUAUUCAUACAAGAAAGCAGAAAAUAAGUCUAUAUCAAAGGUAUAUAAUAAUUCAUCAAAAACUACACAAUGUACAGUUAAAGAGAAAAAGAAUGAUUCAAAUUCAUCUAGUUUAGUACAAUUGCAAACAACUGCACAAUUAUUUAAUGUACAAGAAAAGCAUUCUGGUCCAAGUAAAAAAGUAAUAACUUCUCAUGCAGAUAAUAAAUAUGAGAAUAUAGCACAGAAUACGAUAUUGAAAGGUGAGCAAGCUAUAGAAAUACCAAUCCUGAAAGAGCAAUGUAUUGAUGAAUGUAUCAAUGACAAAUUAGUGUUUAAUACCGUAAAUAAAGAAAUAAAUGCAUUUUUUAAAGAAGUAGAAGAGACUAAUGAAAGUAUUAUACCAAAUUUGCCAAAUAAACACUCCAUUAAUGAAUGCAUAGAACAAAAACCGAUAUAUACUAAUCCAUCCUUACAAGAUUCGUCAAAUUUGCAAACAAAUAUUAAGGAAAGUGUUCACAAUGACUUCUGUGAUAGUAAUAGACAAUUUGAUAAUAUAUCUUCUAAUAAUACUUGGUAUGCUUAUGAGCAUUCACAAGAAAAUAUCUAUCAACAACAGACACCUUCACACCAAAACUUUAUUCAUUCCGUCCCUAAUCAAUUUAUUACAGGUUGUCCUGUAAAUACCACUCUACCCAAAUAUAAUUCUAAUGUAUCCCAUUCUGACGCAAAUGCAAUACAUUUAAAUCAAUAUGACAAUAUACCAAUUAUGCAGAAUAAUUCACUGAAUACAAGCUCUAUGUCAAAUCCAAACGUUUUACACACAAGUACAAAAAAUACAAACAUGUUACAAUAUCAGAUGCCUAACAUAGUACCUUGUAGUAAUCCAAAUAUGAUUAGACCACAGCCAGGUUUUUGUGUACAUCCUAUGACAGCUCAAGAGGAGCAAUUUAACUUGCAUAGAUAUGGAAUGAGUUAUUCAUAUUUUAUGAAUUCUUGCUUUGUAUGUAGGAAUGAGCAUUAUUUACCACAUUCACAAAAUUGGAAUUUACCUAAUACCUAUCCAGUAUCAUUAUUACCAAAUUCUCAUCUAUGUAAUUGUAAUUUAUGUUGUAAUCAUUCACCAUCAAAUGAUAUGAUGUACAAGAAUCCUGCUAUAGCAAGAUCAAUACCUACUUCUAUGCAGGCAGAAACUUCUUAUGAACAAAACUUGCAAAGAAAUGGGAGGCCUAUGUCUAAUUCUUGGUAUAAUGAUAGAAGUUCACAUAGUAAUGAAACAUAUGGUAUUAAUUUACAGACACAAGGAGUUAUUGUGCAGGAAAAGAUAGAUUCUAAGCAAGAAAAAAAGGAUUGUGAGUUUUUAAGUGAUAAAGAAAUUACUAAUCUUCCAAUAAUAUCACCAAGAGCAUGUAUGAAUUAUGAAGGUGGUUUGCCUAUAAAUAUUAAUACUGUAAGGCCUCAAACAAAGUAUAGCAGGAGAAAAGAAUCAGGUCCAAAUUAUGAUUUCCCAUACAAGAAAUAUAAUGAACGUUCUUAUAUUUCUAAAGAGUAUAUGUCUAAUGCAAAAUCUGAUUAUGGAAAAAAGGCAAUCAAACAACAGAGCCAUCCAAACUAUAAAGCAUAAUAAUAUAAUUAUUUAUUUUCAAAUAAUUGGUAUAGUAUACAAUUUUUUAUUAUCAGUAUUCUAUUCUACAUAAGACUUUAGUAAUAUGUUUAUCACGACU